AUGUUGUCAGGAUCAAUGCUAUUCGAUGCUGGUUGCUGUUGGUGUUUUUUAAGAAUUUGGAUGAUAUGGUCUAUUUUGGCUCCUGGAUUAGAUGAUCCCAAUAUCAAAUUUGAUUUGGUAACAGCAGAUGGAAUAGCCAGAUUGGGAGACUUAGAGAUAGAUUUUGAGGAAGAACUAUUAGAGGGAAGGGUGGAUGAACUUGUGGUGGGUUUAGUUGAUAGAAUAACGGAGGUUGUGGUAGUAGAGAUUAUAGCAGACGAACUAGUAGGGGUGGUAGUACAUGAACAACUAGGGGUAAUGGUAGACGAAGUAGUAGAGGGUAUAGUUGAAGAACUUAUAGAGGUCGUAGACGAUGAACAGGUGAAGGGUGUUACAGACGAACUGGUAGAAGGAGUAGUUACACUAGUUUGUGGAUUGGAGGCAAAGGCAAAUGAUGGGGUUACUGAGAAAUUGGUAGUACGAUGA